CCCGCGGCGCUGCCUCGCUCUCUUCCGGUCGCGGGCAGCCGGUGUAGAGGGCGGUCGCAGCGGGCAGAGGCUGGCGGCAGAAUGUUGACCACCAGAGUAUUUAGCCUAAUUGGCAAGCGAGCAAUUUCCACCUCGAUAUGUUUGAGAGCACAUGGAAGUGUCGUGAAGAGUGAAGACUAUUCUCUCCCCGCUUAUGUCGACCGGCGUGACUAUCCCUUGCCUGAUGUGGCCCACGUCAAGAGCCUUUCUGCCAGCCAGAAGGCCUUGAAAGAGAAGGAGAAGGCCUCCUGGAGCAGCCUCUCCAUAGAUGAAAAAGUUGAAUUGUAUCGCAUGAAGUUCAAGGAGAGCUUUGCUGAAAUGAACAGAAGCACCAACGAGUGGAAGACGGUUGUGGGCGCUGCCUUGUUCUUCAUCGGCUUCACUGCUCUCCUCCUGAUCUGGGAGAAGCGCUAUGUGUAUGGCCCCGUCCCGCACACUUUUGAAGAAGACUGGGUGGCCAAGCAAACCAAGAGGAUGCUCGACAUGAAGGUCAGCCCAAUCCAGGGGUUUUCUGCCAAGUGGGACUACGACAAGAAUGAGUGGAAAAAAUAAAAGCAUGCUGUUGAUUUAUCUGAACCAUAUCUUGUUAUGUCACCUCCACGUAACUCAGCCGUUACUGGAAUCUGAUCUAUAAAACUGUAAUGAUGCUAAUAAAUUACCAGUUUAUGUGA